GUCCAUGGCAGCUCCUUCGCACAUCGUGGUGAACUGCGUAAGGCCAAGAGGAUUGUAAUAAAACUUGGAAGCGCUGUGAUCACCCGUGGAGAUGAAUGUGGUCUGGCUCUGGGGCGCCUGGCUUCUAUUGUGGAGCAGGUGGCCAUGUUGCAGAAUCAAGGCAGGGAGAUGAUGAUUGUCACCAGCGGAGCUGUAGCCUUUGGCAAGCAGAGGUUAAGACAUGAGGUCCUGCUGUCCCAAAGUGUCCGACAUGCAUUGCAAUCUGGAAACGGUCAGCAUAAGGAUAUGUCUGUGCCAGUGCUGGAGGCCCGAGCCUGUGCUGCAGCUGGACAGAGCGGCCUGAUGGCCCUGUAUGAAGCCAUGUUCACUCAAUACAGCACAUGCACUGCACAGGUCCUCGUGACAAAUCUGGAUUUUCACAAUGAUGAGAAGAGGCAGAACCUCAACAGCACACUGCAGGAGCUGCUGCGCAUGAACAUUGUGCCCAUCAUCAACACCAAUGAUGCAGUGGUACCUCCACCAGAACCCAACAGCGACCUGCAGGGGGUAAUCAGCAUUAAGGACAAUGACAGUCUGGCAGCACGGCUGGCUGUGGAGAUGAAGGCUGACCUGCUCAUAGCACUGUCUGAUGUUGAAGGGCUGUACAACAGCCCACCUGGGACAGAUGAUGCCAAACGUAUUGACAUCUUCUACUCUGGAGACCAGCAGUCCAUCACAUACGGGACAAAGUCCAGAGUUGGGAUUGGAGGCAUGGAGGCCAAGGUCAUGGCAGCACUUUGGGCAUUGCAAGGAGGCACAUCAGUGGUCAUCGCAAACGGCACGAACCCCAAAAUAUCUGGCCAUGUCAUCACUGACAUUGUGGAGGGGAAGAAAGUGGGAACCUUCUUCUCUGAGAUCAAACCUGCUGGUCCAUCUGUGGAGGAGCAAACCGAAAUGGCCAGAAACUCAGGAAGAAUUCUAGCAUCACUUCAUCCAGACCAGAGAAGUGAGAUCAUCUGCCAUCUAGCAGAGCUGCUGAUUGAAAGGAAAGAUGAAGUUCUGGUAGCAAACAAGAUGGAUAUUGAGAUGGCUGCCAGUGCAGGACGUUUGCCGUCAGCCAUGUUGAAGCGUCUCAGCCUGUCGCUGGAAAAGCUAAACAGUUUGGCUGUAGGUCUGCAUCAGAUCGCCACUGCGGCUCAGGACAACAUUGGGCGUGUGGUGCGAAGGACCAGGGUGGCUCAAAGUUUAGAGCUGGAGCAGGUCACUGUCCCCAUCGGGGUUCUUCUUGUCAUCUUUGAAGCCCGUCCUGACUGCCUGCCACAGGUGUCUGCUCUGGCAAUAGCCAGUGGGAACGCUCUUCUGUUGAAGGGUGGCAAAGAAGCUGCCAACACCAACUAUGUCCUGCACCAGCUCACCCAGGAAGCCCUUUCUCUGCAUGGAGUCAGAGAGGCGGUUCAGAUGGUGAGUACUCAUGAGGAAGUGGAGGAUAUUUGCCAACUGGACAAGAUGAUUGACUUGAUCAUUCCCAGAGGUUCGUCGAAGCUAGUGCAGGAAAUUCAGCGAGUAGCAAAGGGCAUCCCAGUCCUGGGCCACAGCGAGGGAAUCUGCCAUGUCUACGUUGAUGCAGACGCUAGUGUUUCUAAAGUCAUAAAAAUCGUAAGAGACUCAAAGUGUGACUACCCAGCUGCAUGCAAUGCUAUGGAAACUCUACUAAUUCACAGAGACAUCCUUAGGACUCCCAUGUUUGACCAGAUAAUUGAAAUGUUGCACAAUGAACAGGUGAAGAUUCACUCAGGCCCACGCUUUGCUUCCUACCUGACCUUCAGUCCAUCAGAAGCCAGAUCCCUGCGCACAGAGUAUGGUGACCUGGAGUGUUGUUUGGAGGUAGUGGACAGUGUGCAGGAGGCUGUGGAGCAUAUACACAAGUACGGAAGCUCCCACACGGAUGUUAUCAUCACAGAAAACAAGGAGACAGCUGAACAGUUUCUGCAGCAGCUGGACAGCGCUUGUGUUUUCUGGAAUACCAGUUCACGUUUUGCUGAUGGAUAUCGAUUUGGACUUGGAGCAGAGGUUGGCAUUAGCACAGCCCGUAUUCAUGCCCGGGGCCCUGUUGGUCUUGAGGGACUGCUCACCACCAAGUGGGUCCUGAGAGGUGAGGGACACACGGUGGCUGAUUUCUCUGAGAACGGCAGCAUGAAGUACCUCCACGAAAACCUCCCUGUUGCCUAAAUUAUAACAGUAUAUAGGACAGCAUUCAUCUUAACUUUGUUUUUGGGUCCUGUCUCCAAAGCUUUGAUUGAUAUUUAAUUAUCAGCUACACCGAAAAGAUUUUUCUAUUCACAUAAGUGUUUCAUUCAAGGACUAAGAGUUUACAAAUGUUUUAUAACUUUCUGCUAAUUCCAUGACACUCGACAUAUAAUUUGUUUAAAUGACCAAAGAUGCCUUCACAAUAAUGCAUUUUGGAGGAGAAGGUCUGACUUUCCACCACUUUUUUCACACUGUCUGUCAUUAAAUCCUCUUAAACAUGUACUGAUUUUAGGUCUGUUGGGAUUACUGAAAUUAUUUAUAUUUUCUGGAUGACAAAGAACUGUGAACCUCCAUGAGUCUGGCUAAUCCCUGGAUUUCCAGAUGGCUGAAGGUUCCACUGUUAUCUGUUCAAGCAAUAAUAAACCAGACAUUAUACUGUUAAGGAAGGAGAGGGGUAAUGUCCCAGAGUUUGACAUGUUUUGGUGUGAAAUAAGUGUAUCCACUCCAGAACGAAAGCUGGGAAGCUUGCAAACCUGAAUAAAAAAACAGCCUCACUGUAAAAUAUGG